UGGAUGUCUUGUCUCUGUCUGUGAUCUGAUCUCCCUCCAUUGUCAUCAAUCCAGAAGCAAAAACAGAAGAGCGAAAGAAACGAUGUCGUACUAUCCCAAAGGCCACCACGACGGUGACGACGUCGACGACUUCGACGAGUUCGAUCCCACCCCUUAUGGUGGCGGCUACGACAUUGCCCUCACCUACGGCCGCCCUCUUCCCCCAUCGGAGAACACCUGCUACCCCACCACCUCCACCUCCACCUCCGACUACGAUCGCCCUCAAUACUCCUCCUACUCUCAGCCCUCCGCUUACGCCGACGAAGCCCUCGACAACGAGUACAAGAGCUAUGCCCGCCCCAAGCCCCGCCCUGCUCCGUCCUACGGCGGCGGCGGAGAAGCCGAGUUUGGCGGCACUGGGUUUGGAUCUGGUUCGGAAUAUGGCCGGAAGCCUGAAUAUGAGAGACCCGGUUCGGAAUACGGUUCUUCUGGGUAUGGUAGGAAGACUGGAUCUGAUGAACCCACUCAGGGAUACGAUCGUAGACCUCAAUCGGACGUGCCCAGUUCGGAAUACGGGUCUGGGUAUGGGCGGAAGAGUGAAUAUGAGCAGCCUGGGUCGGAAUAUGGAUCUGGGUAUGGUAGGAAGCCGAGUUACGGGGAGGAGGAAGAUUACCGGAAACCUAGUUAUGAGAGGCCAAGCUAUGGGCGGUCUGAGGAGGAAGAUUACCGGAAACCGAGUUAUGAGAGGCGCGGUGAUGACGAUGAGGACUAUGGCCGUAAGAAAUAUGGAGAUGACGAUUCUGAUGAUGAUGAUGAUGAGAAGAAGAAACACCAUCAUGGGCACCACCACCGCAAGCAUUAUGAUGAUUAAAUGGAAUGCUGCUGGAUAGCAUCGGGAAUGACAUUUGUGCCAUAGUAAGCUACUACUAAAAUAAAGAGAAGGCGUGUUUUUCUCUCAUUGUCACUACUCUUUUCUGAGUGUUUGAAUCAUAAACCUCUGGUUGUGUGAAACCAUCUGAACUUUUUUAUCAUGUGCAGAUGUUUUUCUGCUUUAGUAUAAUAAAAUCCCAAAACUUACUGGUUUGGCUGUGCA